AUGGCCCCCGCCGCUGCCGCCGCAGCGGGGCCCUCGCCUCGCAGGUGGCUCGCGGCGGCCGUCCUCGCGCUCGCCUGUCUCCUCGUGCCGGCGGUCGCCAGGCCCGACAAGGAGAUGCGGGAGAGGUUCUACGGGACGCUCGUCACCAACGGCACGCACAACGCCUCCGGGGACGGCAGCAUCGCCGAGAUGUUCGGCCGCGUGCUCGACAAGGAGUUCUCCGACAGCGACACGCCCGACGCUCCCGACAAGAGUAGCUUCAACAACAGCGUAUCAGAUCAUCAAGCUGUUCUGGAGACGGUAGCUGUCAUUACACAUGACAAGAAGAAGAAUGAUUCACAGCAUACUAAUUCCCCAAAACCUUUCCAAAUAGGUGACAUGUUUGGAGGCCAGGAUGAGUCCUCUGAUGACUUGGAAACUGUGAUAGAUAAGGAGGAUAAUGUUUUUGUGAUGUCAAAUCGUAAAACAAAGUAUCCAACUCUUCAACUAGAUUUACGAUUGAUUAAAGAUCUGGUAAUUAUAAUCGUUUCAGCUACUGGUGGUGGUAUCAUAUUCUCUUGUAUGGGGCAGCCGGUUAUCGUUGGCUACCUACUUGCUGGUUCUCUAGUUGGACCUGGGGGGUUGAACUUUAUCAAUGAAAUGGUGCAGGUGGAGACUUUUGCUCAUUUUGGUGUAGUGUUUCUUCUUUUUGCUCUUGGUCUCGAGUUUUCACUGACUAAGUUGAAAGUCGUUGGUCCUGUUGCUGUACUUGGAGGUCUGCUUCAGACUGCUCUGUUCAUGUUCUUAUGUGGCCUCACUGCAGCGUUGUGUGGUGCUAAAUCAUCCGAAGGAGUGUUUGUUGGUGCCUUCUUGUCUAUGUCAUCUACUGCAGUGGUUUCGAAGUUUUUAGUGGAAAAAGGUAGUACAAACACGCUUCAUGGUCAAGUUACAAUUGGAACGCUAAUACUUCAGGAUUGUGCAAUUGGCCUGCUGUUUGCUCUCCUUCCUGUUCUUGGAGGUGCUAGUGGCAUUUUUGGAGGAGUGAUGUCAAUGGCGAAACUGUUGCUUGUGCUAUCCAUAUUUGUAGCUGUUACAUAUAUGAUGACAUGGUCAAUUGUUCCCCGAUUCUUAAAAUUGAUGAUUCAGUUAUCUUCACAGACAAAUGAACUCUACCAAUUGGCCUCCGUUGCAUUUUGCUUACUUCUAGCCUGGUGCAGUGACUAUUGUGGAUUGAGUCUUGAAUUGGGGUCAUUCCUUGCUGGUGUUAUGAUAUCAACCACAGAUUUUGCUCAUCAUACUUUGGAGCAGGUCGAAGCCAUUCGCAAUCUGUUUGCAGCGCUCUUCCUUGCAAGUAUUGGAAUGCUCAUACAUGUUAAGUUCUUGUGGAAUCAUGUUGACAUAUUACUUGCAGCUGUUAUACUGGUUAUAAUAGUAAAGAGUAUUGUCAUAACUAUUGUUGUAAAGGCAUUUGGAUACAGCAUCAGAACAGCUUUUGUUGUUGGGCUGUCCUUAGCUCAGAUAGGAGAGUUUGCUUUUGUGCUUUUGAGCCGUGCCUCCCAUCUCCAUCUUGUUGGGGGGAAAAUGUAUCUACUAUUACUGGGAACAACUGCCCUUAGCUUGGUAACAACUCCUCUCAUUUUCAAACUAAUUCCUGUGGUAAUGCACCUUGGCAUCCUUAUGCGUUGGUUCCCCUUGGAAAACAGUAUGCAGAGUGAGCUUCCAUUACAGGAUAAAGCGGUUAUGCUUGAAGCUCACAACAGAUCACUCUAA